AUGUCUCAGCCUCGCGGAUCCGCACUGCGAAGCAUGCUGAACGCCGUGUAUGGAGAAGACAAGGCGGUGGAAGCAGCAAGCAGCAAAGUCAAUGCGCGGAUUGCGCUGGCCACCACUGGCAGCAGCACUGGCAGCAGCACCGCCAGCAGCACUGGCAGCAGCACCGCCAGCAGCACCGCCAGCAGCACCGCCAGCAGCACCGCCAGCAGCACCGCCAGCAGCACCGCCAGCAGCAGCACCACUGGGGUUCGCAAGCCGUUCAUCUCCACAACGGUGGCGGUGGGAGGGGCGCGGCUGGGCUUCAACAAGCAGCGCUGCGUGAACGUGCCUGUGAAGGCGCAGCGGAAGAGCCGCGUGCAGGUGUGGUGGAGGGGCCGCGGUGCGGAUAGCAGCAACGUGGAUUGGACGGCUUUCUCGGGUGUUGAUUGGUGCAGCGGCGUGCAGCUGUUUGGGAAACGCGGCUGCCAGGGCAAGGCGGUGGAUGGCAUGGUCAACCCGGGCAAUGCGGACGUGUCCCCUAGCACGGAGAAGAAGAUUCGCAAGGGCGCUUCAGUGGCGUCUGUUCUCUGCAACGUGGACUCCACUGAUGUGACCUGUGACGCGUUGGGCUGUGUGCCUGGUGGCACAUGCGAGGUGGAUCGCAACGGAAAUCAUUUCUGCCUCUGGGGUGAGCCUCCUAGCCUCUGGGACUCUCCCUGUGGCGAGUGCCCCACUGGAGCCACCUGCAAGUCCUUCCCUUCAGCAACCGCCAGUGGGACGGUGUCGCUUCCUUAA